UGAGUCGCCUAAGUAAUUCCGGAGCAAGUACGUUGCCUUGGUAGUCACAUGACAGGCAAGUAUGGCGCACCAACCGCUUCGUUUGUCACCACUACACUCUACAUGAAGCGGCGUGUCGUCCGACUUGUUCUUACACACACACGUAUCUAGACGUAAAUAUGAAUAUACAGGUUCUUUUCCCUCUCGUCUGCUUACCUUAUGGAUUUAUCUCUCAUACUGGAUCAGAGGAAUAUAAACAUUGACACAAUCAGCCAACCAGUAAAUCGAUCAAUCACAACAUAAAUAAUGUAUAAACAAGGAAAUUUCUAGGGGAGAAAAUCAUUGAAUUUUACCUGUGAAACGCACACCAAAAUUUUUCAAAGAAAAAUAAAAAAUAAAAAUCUCUGACACAGCCAGAAAUAUGUCUGAAGAAGUGUCAUGGCUGGAUUUGUUAAAAAGUGCCCCUGCCUCCGACCUCCGACUGAGGAGAUCUAUGUAUUGGAUUACAGACACAGCAACUUAUCAGACUUGCCCAAUGAAGUGUUCAACCUCGAACGCACUCUACAAGAACUCUACGCCGACAACAACCAGAUCCGGGAGUUAACACGCGAAUUAUUUUAUUGCCAUGGUCUUCAGAAACUGUGUCUUUCUGACAAUGAGAUCACCACCAUUCCUCCAGCUAUUGGCAGUUUGAUUAACUUGGAUGUUUUGGACAUCAGCAAAAAUGGUAUCAUCGAUCUUCCUGAUAACAUCAAGGCCUGCAAACACCUCAGGUCGCUUGAAGCAAGUGUCAACCCUCUCGGCAAGUUACCUGAUGGCAUUACACAACUGCUCAACCUGCGAGAACUUUACUUGAAUGACACCUUUUUGGAUUUCCUCCCAGGAAACUUUGGCAGGCUUACCAAACUGAAAGUUCUGGAACUUAGAGAAAACCAUUUGAAAACCCUACCAAAGUCCUUCUCUCGUCUUGUUGAGUUAGAACGGUUAGACAUUGGCAAUAAUUCGUUAACAGAACUUUCUGAUGUCAUUGGUGGAUUGGUCAGUCUGCUGGAAUUAUGGUGUGACCAGAAUAAAAUAUUUACCAUCUCCUCGCUCAUUGGUAAUUUGAAGCAGUUAAUGUUCUUCGAUGCCUCAAAAAACCAACUGGACACAUUGCCAAAUGAAAUUGAAGGAUGUACUUCUCUGGCCGACCUUUAUUUGACCAGUAACAACAUCAAGUUCCUGCCAGAUUCCAUUGGACAAUUGAUCAACCUGACCACCAUGAAGAUCGACGACAAUAUGUUGACCUCUCUGCCUGCUUCGGUCGGCAACCUGUCUUCGUUGUCCGAAAUAAAUGUCAGCAUCAACGACCUUGAGGACAUUCCAUCAACCAUCGGUCUACUAAGGAACCUCCGAACUAUGUAUGCUGAUGAGAACUUUCUCAAGAAAAUACCCCCAGAGAUUGGUAGCUGUAACGGUAUAACGGUGCUGUCUUUGAGAAGUAAUAAGUUGAGGUACAUUCCUGACGAGAUUGGUCGCAUUCCUCAUUUACGGGUUCUGAAUCUCAGUGAUAAUCAGCUGAAACAUCUUCCCUUCAGCAUUGUUAAACUAAAGGAAUUACAAGCUCUGUGGCUCACAGAGAACCAGACAAGGCCACUGGUUCAGUUACAGUCAGACAAGGACCCCAAAACAGGUCGUAAGAUCUUGACAUGUUAUCUGUUUCCACAGAGAUCAGAGAAGAACCAAGAUUCUUCUAAUGAUGCAGCAAGCUUCCAUGCUUCACUCUGGGAAGAGGAACGAUUGCGACGGCAACAGAUUCACUUUGCUGUUGGAGAUGACAAAGAUGAGGAUGGCAAACUCAGUCGCUGUCCAACACCUUAUCCUAAAGAAAUGAAGGAGAAGAAAAGACAUGUCCAGAAUAUGAUGACUCACCAACAAAUGGCUGCCAAUGGACAUGAAAACAGAGGCUUUGAACAAGAGGAUAAAAAGCUAAACAGAAACAAUCAUUUGAGAAGUGAUCAAAAGUCUUUGAAACCUUUGGAUGAAAAAAAGGCAGGUUCUGUGUCUGAACUACGUUCUGGUUCUGUUGAGAACGUUUCUGCUGACUCCUCUCGACCAUCACGAUGCCACUCUCAUUAUCAUUCAGACUCCAACUAUAACCAAAACGAUGCAGGAGUGAAAGCAACUCAUUCUUAUUCCAGCAUUCACAUCGCAUCUGACCAAAGUUUGGAACAGAUUUAUUCUCAUCGCUCAAAAGAACUCGGAUCACCUGCACGCUCUCAUUACAAAGAUCCCUCUUUGAAAGACCAAAAUAGCCCUUCUGCUAUUGUCCCUUGUCAAAGCAGUCCCAGUCGUGUAAAGGGCUCACAUAACCCCUUAUAUCCACAUCAGCGUUAUUUGGCAUAUUCACCACAGGGGAGCAAGCCAUGUCAUAAAUCUCGAGGUUAUGAUUCGGACACUGGUUACCGUAGCGAUCAGGAACAUCUUCGUUAUAAAUACCUUCAAAGUUUGACCAUCUCUCCUCAACAUUCUAACAAAACAGACAGAAGUUCCGACAUAUUGACACCAUUGAGUCCUUAUAAACAUUGGCCUAAACCAUCCAGAAGAGAUGGUUAUGGUAGUGAUGUUGAGAGUUACAGAGGUAUGAGUCAAACGUCUGUAGGUUAUUCCCCACUCAAAGACCAACAUUCCUCGCAGAGUGUGCCGUUUGGACUUCAUUCCAAGCCUUCAUCAGGAGAAUCACAUUAUCAGGCUGUAGGAGAACGUCCUCUUUUAGGAGAUGAAUUUUACAAUUACAAAAAAGAACCAUCAAGGAUUGGUUUAAAACACAGGAACUAUUCCCCUUUAACUGUUUCAGCUAGUUUUAAUGAAAAAAUGCUUGACCAGAGCACACCGAAUUUUUCUAAUCCACCACACAGUUUCUCUCAGCUUUUGGACCAACAGCAAAUAGAGGAUGCCAAGUUAAAGAGUUCCAAACAGUCACUCUCUAAACAGGAAGAAGUAAGGUGGAAAUCUUCCAAGCAAUCUCUUUCUCAACAGGAGGAAAAUAAGUGGAAAACUUCCAAACAUUCUCUUUCACAACAGGAGGAAAUCUAUGCAGUUUUAGAAAAUAAGACAUUGUCAAUCGCACACAAGCAGGAAAGCAGUGUACGGAGUAACAGCAAUGUUUCAGAGAAGACCCGGCCUAGUGCUCCCCCUUCUUACCACCAGCACAGCCCCCUCUACAGUUCAACUGCUGCUCUUCAUUGGCAGCAGCAGCAGCUGCAGCAGCAACAACAACAACAACAACAGCAUUACCAGUAUCAUCAUCAUCCUCAUCAGAAACAGCCAUCACAAACCCCUCUACAGAAACUUCAGAACGAACCCUCUCCGUUGACCUCCCCGUCUCAUUCAUCUAACAAUUUCUCAUCAGAAAACCCUUAUGGUUACAUAUCUCACAGUUCACCUUCGAACAAAUCAAUGCAACAUUCCUCCCCCAUUUAUGAUUACACUAAUUACACACCUGGUUCCCCCAGCUACCGUAGCGGUUCCAACAGUCCCUCAGCCUACGGUCAAAAACAGUUCUACCGGCCGGGCAAAGCGAACAGCUGCCGAACGCCCGACAUGGCCAAGGGGAACAACUCUGAUUGUUUCCCAUCUGGACUGGACUCGCCUCGCGGUUCAACGUCUUCCCGAAGUGACGGAGGAGGGAGUGUCAGUGCGGGUAGCGGAUCAAGGAACCUGCGCUACGAACCCCACCGUCUUUCCCCGUUGUAUACCAACCCAGCUUCACACCUACAACCAUCGAUUUCACACUACGAGGACGUGGCCAUUUUCAAAAGCGUGGAACCCUCAACUAGUUCUACAGAUAGCGGUUACGGUCACGUUUAUGAGAAAGUAGAGACACACAUCCAGCGUCAAGUUCUUGUCAGUCAGACGAAUAACAAAUCUGCCUCCCAAAGGAAUUCCUACCAAGUGAACCCCAAUGAAGAUGAUGGGCUUUCUUGCACCCCGUCUAUUAGUGAAAUCUCAAGCCCAACACCCUCAAGAGAAGUGACCCCGAGUAGAUGUGUUGAGACUGUUUAUCGUCAGCACCAACAACAACAACAACAUCGCCAGCAGCAACAACAAAAAUCUGAAGAGUUUUUAGAUUCCAAAAGACAAAAUCUGAUCCAAGUGUCCAUUAACAAAAAUCCUGGAUUAGGAUUUAGUAUAGCCGGUGGGAUCGGAUCUUACGGCAACCCUUUCAAGCCAGAUGACAUUGGUAUCUUCAUCACUAAAGUCCAGCCUGAAGGUCCAGCACUGAACACCCUUUUCCCUGGAGACAAGAUUCUAAAAGUGAAUGGCGUCGACUUCAGCAACAUUGAACACACCAGAGCUGUUGACAUUUUGAGGAACAGCAAUCCUGUUAUGUUGUUGGUAGAACGAAGCUGAAAGCAGAAACACUGAAGAAGGCCACGGCCACAGUUCUGUCAUCAACACUUAAAGAAUUGUCAAUCGGGAGCCGAACGGAAUAGCUCAGUGUUGGAGCUACCAGGCUAGUCCAGAUUUAUUGAGGAGAAAGUUUAAUAUACGGAACCCUACUGGUUCAAGCAUUGGUUCUAUGUUUGAGCUCUCUUUAAGGGCCAGUGAAGAGAAGUGCAGAGUUUUGUUAGUGAAAGUUUUAACCUUUCUAAGCUCCAGUGAAAAUGUAAGAGUUUUGCUGAUCUGACUUGGAACCUUGCCACGGUUGGUUGGCUGGCUGG